UAAUGUCCUAGUAAAUGUGGAAGAAAUGUGAAAUAGCCUGUGAAACCACAAUUUGUGGAAUUCAGUGUAAAAGCAUCUUAUGGGGUGGAUUUUCAAGGGUGGUAAGUAAACGAUAAGGGAAAGCAAAAUAUUUAGAGUAUUUUCUUUUAGGUCUGGAUUUAGAAAUGCAAUAAAAGGGGGAGGGGAGUCCUCAUUAAGGCAAGGAGCAAUCAGUUCAAGGUUCCAGGUGCCAUUCACUACCGCUAGCAUUGCCCACACCCGUAUAUUCAGACAAAAUGAAAGUAUUUCUUUACUCCUUGCCUUUCUUUCUCCAGCUACAAGAGAAGUGCCUGGAUUUUUGACAGGUUCAAGACAUUGCACAAGAGCAGGGAAGACCCAGCUGAGGAAACACAAUGGCUAUUGCCAAAUGCAAACCUUCCCUCCUCCUCUCUCAGCCCACAAAGUUGUGUGUACUUCCCUGUACCUCCCCCCAUUUUAUCUCUCUCCCUUCGCCCACAAGUGGCAUUCUCUUUUUUUUUUCUCAACUUGGGUGUAUCUCAGAACAAGCUGAGAGGUUAAAAGACUUUAGGUGUGUGUCUCUCUCAAGGGAAAGAAGAGAGAGGUGGCCCGAGAAAGAACGGAUGGACGGGAGCCCGUCCCAACUUCCGCCGCUUGCCUUUUGACAGAAAGUAAGACCAGAGUUCAAAAUUCAGACAAACAUCGCUGAAUCAACACAGGAAAAGCCUUCCUCAACGACCGUCCGUAGGCCGGGGAAAGCGAUUGACUGCGAAACCUGGGUGGAAAAAGACAGGAAACCCUGCUGUGAUGAGAUUCUGCUUCUUGCUCCUCGCUCUGUGGCACGGAGUGCUUGGCGAUGUCCUCCAGCUAGACAAAAUGUACGGGAGGAUCGCCUCUCCGGACUUCCCCAACGUCUAUCCUAACAACAAGGAGAGGAUAUGGAAUAUCACUGUUCCCCAAGGCUAUGUUCUGCGCAUCUAUUUUACCCACUUCAACCUUGAGCUGUCUUACCAGUGUGAAUACGACUAUGUCAAACUACACUCAGGAGGAAAGGUCGUGGCCACUCUCUGCGGGCAGGAGAGCACGGACACGGAGGAGGCCCCUGGGAAAAAGACAUACCGCUCCAUUAACAACAACUUAGCAGUGACUUUCAGAUCGGAUUAUUCCAAUGAGAAACAGUUCACGGGCUUUGAGGCCUUCUACGCUGCUGAAGACGUUGAUGAGUGUGAAGGGCAAGCCGACGGCGAGUUGCCUUGUGACCACCACUGUCACAAUUACCUGGGCGGCUUCUAUUGCAGUUGCCCGAUUGGCUACCUUCUGCACAGGGACAAGAAGACUUGCAAAGCGCACUGUCCGAAUAAGGUGUUGACGGCAAGAACUGGAGAGAUCUCCAGCCCCAAUUAUCCCAACCCGUAUCCUAAAAUCUCCGAGUGCAGCUAUAGCAUCCGGGUGGAAGACGGUUUCAUGGUCAUCUUAGAAUUUGUGGGGAUCUUUGAUGUAGAAGCCCAUCCAGAUGUACUGUGUCCUUAUGACAUCCUGAAGAUUAAGACACCCAAGAAAGAAUUUGGUCCUUUCUGCGGCAAUUCCCCACCUCCCAAAAUUGAAACGCGUACCAAUACGGUGGAUAUCACGUUCAUCACCGACAUUUCUGGUGUUCAUGCUGGAUGGAAGCUCAGAUAUCACACAACAGCUUUGCCAUGUCCCAAUCCUCAAGCACCCCCCAAUGGCCGGAUCUCCCCAGCGCAGGCAAAAUAUAUUCUGAAAGACUUCUACAGCCUCUCCUGCAACGUGGGCUACGCGCUUUUGGAAAACAAACUGAUUGUCAAAUCCUUCAAAGCAACCUGUCAAAAGGAUGGUACCUGGAACAAGCCAAUGGCCCAAUGCACCAUUGUUGACUGCGGCCCUGCCAAUGACAUAGCGAAUGGCACACUUGUGUAUGUCACCGGAAGAGAGAUUUCCACGUAUCAAGCUGAAAUCAAAUAUAACUGCGAAAGCCCCUUCUACUCCCUGAAAACCGGAUACUCUGAUAACUACCGGUGUGCCCCUGAUGGUUUCUGGAGGGAUCAGAAGGGAAACAAAGCACCUCCGGUCUGUGAACCAGUCUGCGGAGUCCAAACGUCUAACACUCUGAAGCGUAUCUUUGGAGGGCAGAAGGCUCUGCUAGGCCAAUUCCCUUGGCAGGUUUUAAUCACCGAUGCGCAUGGAGCAACUGGAGGAGGAGCCCUUUUAUACGAUAACUGGAUCUUAACCGCCGCUCACGUCCUCGGCAGCCCAGUUGACGCCUCCUCCCUGACCUUGAAACUGGGGCUCCUCAACAAACGCUCCCCUCAUUACCACCAAGUCUGGGCAGAAUCGGUUUUCCUCCACAGCGGCUUCGUCAACGACGGCAUCGACUUCGACAAUGACAUCGCUCUGAUUAAACUGAAACACAAAGUUCCCGUUAACAAAAACAUCACCCCGAUUUGCUUGCCGGGAUACAACCCCGGCUUCCGGGUGAACACGAACGACACGGGAAUCAUCGCCGGCUGGGGGAAAACGGAGCGGGCCCGGCAGUCCCGCUUCUUGCUGUAUACCGAGAUAGACGUUGUUGAGCCUGACAAGUGCAAAGCGGCCUACGCAAACCGGACUUUGGAAGGGAGAAAACUCGUGCUGACGGAAAAUAUGCUUUGCGCGGGAACUGAGGAGGGGGGGAAGGACUCCUGCUAUGGGGACAGCGGAGGCGCCCUGGUGUUCUACGAUACUAAGGCCAGGAGGUGGUUUGUUGGCGGUGUGGUCUCCUGGGGUCUGGAAUGCGGUUCUGCUGGGCUCUAUGGGGUCUACACUAAGGUGCCCAAUUAUACGCCGUGGAUCGAGGACCUAAUUGCACGCCAUUCUUAAUCAGGUUUUUGUUUGUA